UCUCUCUAGACGCUUCACUUUCCAGAGCCAAACACCAAUUAAUUUUCUUUCUGAUUCUCAGCUUCUCUCGCUCUGAUUUUCAGUUUGUUUUAUUUGUGGAAGUGGUGUUGGAUCUCUGGAAUUUUUUACUUUUGUGUUUUUUUGAGAGAUUGAUCUGUUGGCUGAUUGAUUGGAGUUGUUGUGAGGUGUUUUGUUUUUUCCCUGAAAUGUCUUUGAUGUGUGAGGUUUUUGACAUCGGAGAAGCGAAGGUUGAAGGAGAGUGGGAGAAGGAGAGAUAGCGUCGAGAAGAAGAGUGAAAGAAGCAGAGUUAAAGCGAGAAAGAGAGAGAAAAUUUUGAUUUGUUUGGAUUCGCUUCUUCUGAGUUUGCUAGAAAAUCAAGGCGCUGUAUGGUUUCAUUUCCAGAGAAACCAAGUUUGUCAGAAGAGGUUUUCCAAGAACGGAUGUCUGCAACAGUGAUCAACACACAAAUACUAAUAGUGAUGUCGGCGCAAGAAGCUUCAACCAAGAUCAUUUCACAAAUCGAAGUGGAAUUCGCAAAAUGCGAUUGCUGCGGACUCACCGAGGAAUGCACGCCUGAGUACAUCGAGACGGUUCGAGAGCGAUACAAUGGGAGAUGGAUAUGCGGCUUGUGCUCCGAGGCGGUGAAGGAAGAGAUGAUUCAGAUGAAGAGGUUCCAGAGGCUGAUAAGCACCGAAGAAGCCGUGGACCAGCACAUGAACUUCUGCAAAAACUUCAGGUCCUCAAGUCCGCCGUCGAACCCCACCGUCCACCUCAUCUCCGCCAUGCGUCAGCUUCUCCGUCGAAGCUUGGAUUCUCCCAGAGCUUUGAGGUCGACGCCGACUAGUCCAGUGAGGCAAGGCCAAGAGAUUCCGUGUCCGGCGCUGACUCGAUCGGAAAGCUGCUUUCCGACGUUGUCUGGCUGAUUAAUUUAGGGGCGAUAUGAAGAAGGAAGGUAAAUGGCUAUGAAGAAUAAAACAGUUGUAAACAUCGAAAAGUUUUAUCUCAAUUGUGAAAAAUAAAUAUAAAAUAUUAAAAAAAACAAACUGGUUUUAUGAUUUAGAACUUGUUCAUGUCCCUAGAAUUUAAAUUUAUAACCUUUUUUUCUCUA